GUCACGUGACCAUCUACUGGAAACGCGAGUUGUUUGUAGUAUGUCACUAUCCGCCUGUCCACGCCGCGCAAAGUGUCACCAUUUGUCCAUUGAUGAACCAGGUAGGCACUUGACAUCACAAUGCUGAGAAUAAGAUGGGAGCUGUUGCUAAUGGCCAUCAUAUGCUGGCACAGAGGCCACACAGAUAAUCAUGAGGCUAAGCAGAGUCUUGGGCAUGUGACUGUGGUGGUUGUGGGUGGGACAGGUGACUUGGCCAGGAAGUACCUGUGGCAAGGAUUUUUCCAGCUCUAUGCUGACCAGGUAGGCAAAGGACACACCUUCUCAUUUUAUGGUGGGGGCCUUUCGCCGACUGAGAAGGGAACUCCGAUGCUGUUUGGGAUCUUGAAGGAGCUGACUUGCCCUCCGGAGCUCUCUGCUGAACGCUGUGCUUUGGUCAAAGAGCAGUUUUUGCGUCUGUCCCAGUAUCACCAACUGAAGACAUCUGAGGACUAUGUAAAACUCAGCCAGCUGAUCAAACAGCAUUUAGGACAGGAGGGUAUUGUCGAAGCAGGGAGGCUCUUCUACCUGUCUGUUCCAGCUUUUGCAUAUGCAGACAUUGCAGAGAAGAUCAACAACACCUGCCGCCCCCUUCCUGACGCAUGGCUGAGGGUGGUACUGGAAAAGCCAUUUGGUCACGACUUUUUUAGUGCUCAGUCCCUUGACAAAAUACUGUCAGGCCAGCUGAAAGAAGAGGAGAUGUAUAGGAUUGACCACUAUUUAGGGAAGCAGGUUGUCUCUAAAAUAUUGCCAUUCAGGAAAGAGAAUAAGAAACUUCUGGACCCUAUUUGGAACAAGCACCAUAUUGAAAGAAUAGAAAUUGUAUUGAAGGAAACCCUAGAUGCCAAAGGGCGUAUUCAGUUUUAUGAUCAAUAUGGCGUCAUCAGAGAUGUGCUCCAGAACCACCUCACAGAGGUCAUGACCCUUUUGCUGAUGAAUCUUCCAGCAAACUCCUCCAACAGCGAGGAGAUUCUACAAAACAAGCUACAUUUCUUGGCUUCCCUACAGCAUAUAGAUAACAGUAAUGCGGUCGUAGGUCAGUACCAAGCUUACAAUGGAGAGGUUCAGGAAGAGCUCAAUAAAACAAAGGACUACUUCAGCCUAACCCCCACAUUCGCUGGUGUGGUCAUUCAUGUCGACAAUGCGCAAUACGAGGGCAUCCCCAUAUUUAUGACCUCAGGCAAGGCACUUGAUAAACGGGUUGCUUAUGCACGUGUAGUUUUCAAAAAUGAUGUAUUUUGCGUCCAGGAUUCCAACAAUGUUCAGUGCAAUACCAAACAGAUCAUAUUUUAUCUGGGUCACGGAGACCUCCAGUACCCUGCGAUUCUCGUGAGCAAGAACCUGUUCAAGCCCGAGCUGGUGAACACCGGUGACUGGAAAGAGGUCAACGAACAGAAAGACGUAAAAGUGCUGGGGUUACCCCUCAGUGAUUAUUACAUCCAGACGCCAGUUGUACCUAGAGAGGCUUAUUGCGAGCUGAUCUCACACGUCUUCUUUGGACGCAAGGACAGCUUUAUCAGUGCUGAAGGACUCCUUGCUUCCUGGGCGUUUUGGACGCCUCUCCUUGAAAGCUUGACUCGGGUCUUUCCACGAGUGUAUCCUGGUGGCGUGGCCAAUGGGAACCUGCUGAACUUUCAUCUGCUGGGCAAUCAGGUGGCCUUUAGCCAUGAAGCUUUGGUCAAUGUGAUCAACCCCGGUGCCGAAGACAACUUCCAGGUGAUGCAAGGGAAGUACCGUAGUUCUGAAAUGAUAUCUGCUUGGCCACAGGAACUGGUGGAGCGCUUGGCUUCUGAUCUUCUUCUGGCUGCUGAGGAGGCCAUUCAUGAAGGAGGUCAGUUUCACCUGGCGUUGUCUGGUGGCUCCAGCCCGGUGGCGCUGCUCCGUGCGCUUGCCCUGAACCUCUACACCUUUCCGUGGCGCAACACUCACAUAUGGCAAGUGGACGAGCGAUGUGUGCCACAUACAGAAUCUGGCUCCAACUUCCGGUCCAUUCACGAUCUGCUGCUUCAGCAUAUCCGCAUACCCUACUUCAACAUCCACCCCAUGCCAGUGCAUCUCACCCAACGGUUAUGCGUGGAAGAGGAUGGUGGUCCUGCAUUAUAUGAGAAGGAGAUAAAGAAACAUGUCAAUGCCUCCAGCUUCCACUACAUCCUGCUCGGCGUAGGCCAGGACGGCCACACUGCCUCGUUGUUCCAGGACACCAAGUUGGAAAGCGACGGAGAACGGUUGGUAACUCUGUCAGAGAGCCCCAAUAAACCUCAUCAGAGGAUGAGUCUCACAUUCACAGCUAUCAAUAGAGCUCGAAGGGUAGGUGUUUUAAUUAUGGGGAAGAGCAAGCAUGAACUAGUCAGUCAACUCAGCCGAAUUAAGGGGGAAUCAUCUAAGUAUCCCAUCACCAAAGUCCAGCCAAAGAGCGGGACUCUUAUAUGGUACAUUGACUAUGAUGCACUGUUAGGAUAGACCAGGACAUAUGGGUCAAUGAAUGGGCUUAUAGCUCAAAUUGAAUGCUGUAUUGUGGAUGAUUGCAAAAUAUCAUUUGAAGUUUAAUUUUCACAAUGAAGUGUGAAUUGUGUGAGAGUUAUUUUAAUGCUUUGACUUUGCAAUUUGAUUUGUGUUAUGAAAUUAUUGAAUUAUAAACAACUAACAAUUUUAAAUCUCAGGACCUCUUUUAGCUUAAAGUAAUAAUUAAUCUUUUAUUGCUACAAAUCCUUAUUCCACAAGAUCAGACUGUUGAGAAAGCAAUUAAGAAGAUGCGUAUGAAAAAUGUAAUUCCAGAUCAAGCACUUUUUCCACAUUUGUGACCAAUCAGUGAUCAGAUAAAACAAAUUUAAAUGCUCUGUAAUUUGACUUUUCUUUUUUACUUUGCUUACUACAUAAUUGCAUUAGCUCAAACAAUUAUUUAUCAGAUCACCAGAUUAAAUUUGAGAUGAAAACACCAUGUUACCAUGAGUAAACAACCAGAUGAAUUUAGAAUAUUUUUCUUCCUCAAUUCAAAGGGUUCAAUUAAAUGGUGAAAUUCAUCUCAGACCUCAGGUUAAGAAGUCCUAACAUGUCUAUAAGAUUGCACAUCCAGUGUAAUCAUGAUGGAACAAAUGUCAAUGUUUCAUCUUUAGACUGAAUUGAGUUUCCAUUGUUGGCUUGCUUUAUAAAAGCAUCCCAGAACCACAUUUUUGACAGUGUAUAGUGUUAAAGAUUUUUGUCAUACCUCAGAAAACAAUGGUUUAUUUUGUGUAGAGCAGUCCAAAUGUCAUAACGCCUUAAAAACUUUGUAUAUACACAUGAAUGCCUUUGUUAAGUGCGGUUUGAAUUCUAAGAAUAGUUAGAAUCGCAUGCUUUAGGAAACACUUUUGUUAAUGAAUCAGCAUUGUCUGAUUCAUAGGUGUUGAUUUUGGCUAAAAUUUUGUAGUGAAGCAGAACAUUACAUUCCACAGGGAUCUAAUGUGAAAAUGUUAAUAAAACAUUUAAAUAAAUGCACUGGGUUUUGAAAUCAUACAUUGAAGUCCUUCUGUGUAUUUACACCAUUUUAAAUAGAUUAAUUGGUUUUCAAAACAAAAUGUGUUUUGAUUUUUCAAAAAAAAAAAAAAAAUACACUCUGUGUAUUACAACAAAGUAUGUGUCUCGCUGACAGGUUGACAUUUUUGCAUUGACAUUUUUGAAUAAAGUCUUACUUUUCCAUUAUAUUUUAAGGAAAUUUUGUUAUGGUAUUCAUCUGUAUUACAUGGCAUCACAUAAAUCAUUUAAUAUUUGGUGCUGGUUUUGAUGCAUACAAUAAAAUAUAUUUUUGAAAUCA